GCUAUGGCUAGCUGAGGUGGGCGGGGAAUGUGGCGCUACCAGCAAAGUUUGGGAUCGAUCCCGCGAGCCGAGAAAUAUAGCGAGUAGGGGGGGGAAGUAUCGUUUCAGGGCGGCUCGGAGGAGUACCGGUAUUUUAGCUUUAGGAAACACAGCAGCCCGUGGUGGCGAUUCGCGCGGUUUGACGGCCGACUGCAGCCAUGUCGGAGGACCUGAGCUCCCAACCGUGGUCCAUCAACAAGGAUGACUACGAGCUGAAGGAGGUGAUCGGGAGCGGCGCCACGGCAGUGGUCCAGGCGGCCUUUUGCAUCCCGCGCAAGGAGAAGGUGGCCAUCAAGCGGAUCAACCUGGAGAAGUGCCAGACAAGCAUGGAUGAGCUCCUGAAAGAGAUCCAGGCCAUGAGUCAAUGCCACCACCCCAACAUCGUCUCCUACUACACCUCAUUUGUGGUCAAGGACGAGCUCUGGCUGGUGAUGAAGUUACUCAGUGGAGGCUCCGUGCUGGAUGUCAUCAAGCACAUCAUCUCGCGGGGGGAGCACAAGAGCGGCGUCCUGGAUGAGGGCAGCAUCGCCACCAUCCUGAAGGAGGUUCUGGAGGGCUUGGAGUAUCUGCACAAGAACGGGCAGAUUCACAGGGACGUGAAGGCUGGGAACAUUCUGCUGGGUGAGGACGGAUCUGUGCAAAUUGCAGAUUUUGGCGUCAGUGCCUUUCUCGCCACGGGGGGCGACAUCACCAGGAACAAGGUUCGGAAGACGUUUGUGGGGACCCCAUGCUGGAUGGCCCCCGAAGUGAUGGAGCAGGUUCGUGGUUAUGACUUCAAGGCCGACAUUUGGAGUUUUGGGAUCACGGCCAUCGAGUUGGCGACAGGGGCUGCCCCCUACCACAAAUACCCUCCCAUGAAGGUACUGAUGCUGACCCUGCAGAACGACCCCCCCACGCUUGAGACUGGCGUCACGGACAAGGAGAUGGUGAAGAAGUACGGCAAGUCCUUCAGGAAAAUGAACUCUCUGUGCCUGCAAAAGGACCCGGAGAAAAGACCGACGGCAGCAGAGCUGCUGAAGCACAAAUUCUUCACAAAAGCAAAGAACAACGAAUAUUUACAGGACAGGCUGCUUCAGAGGGCCCCCACGAUUAUAGAGAGGUCCAAAAAGGUACGGCGUGUGCCCGGCUCCAGUGGCCGGCUGCACAAGACCGAGGACGGCGAGUGGGAGUGGAGUGACGACGAGCUGGAUGUGGAAAGUGAAGAGGGCAAGGCCGCCGUGGCGGCGAUGAGGUCACCCAGGGUGAAGGAAGGUUCCCAAAAUUCAGAGAUUUACCAGCCAGAGCCUUUAAGCUGUCAUCUGCAGCCUUCCGCACCAGGCCAGGUUCAGCUACCUCAGCCUGCUGGCCAGCCUCCCUGCCAGCCUCCCUGCCAGCCUCCCUGCCAGCCUCCCCCAGCCAACGCACCACUCGCUGUCCAGGCUUUGGGGCCUGUGCAAGGCCAGCCUGCUCCCAUCCCACCCGCACAGGUGGCGGCAGCAGCCCUCAUGUCCGAGGGCCCCAAAUCACCCAUUAGCUUGGUACUGAGGUUGAGGAAUUUAAAAAAGGAGCUGAAUGAUAUACGAUUUGAAUUCAUGCCUGGAAGAGACACGGCCGACGGGGUCUCCCAGGAGCUGGUGUCCGCUGGCCUGGUAGAUGGACGGGACUUAGUGAUUGUUGCUGCCAAUUUGCAGAAAAUUGUUGACGAGCCUCAAACUAACAGAAAUGUGACUUUCAAGCUGGCCUCGGGCGUGGAAGGCUCCGAAAUUCCCGACGAUGUGAAACUCAUGGGCUUCGCUCAGCUCAGCAUCAGCUAAGCAACGGGAGCUCGAGAGACGCAACGGACCGUGAAACGCAAACACGAGGAAGCAACGGUUUGACUCGGCCCCUGCGUUUCGUUCGCUCUCGUUGACCUAAAGGAACCACUUCUGCCAAAGAACCAAAGCUGGCGUCGGCCUGUAGGAUGCUCGAUUGAGUAGCACUGCGGAGCGCGAUAUAGGAAUCCCACGAAAAUGUUUACAGUCUUUGUGUAGAAGGACCCCUGAUUGUCUCUUACAUCCACCCACUAUAUGUUUUCUUAGUAAUUUAAAAGAUACAUUUGCACAAUCUUAACGACUCUCCUGCCCGCCACUCCCGGUCUGUGUAGGAAUGCUUUACCGCCAACAGCACUACUGAACAAACUGAAGGGUGUCCCCCCUCCCACCCUGUUCUGAACUGACCUGCAGAUUGACAGCAGGUUUGGUCACUUAAGUAAAGAACCACGGAGAUCAGCCAAUCACAGCAGCUGAUUCCUCACAGCUUCAUGGAUGUCACACCUCCCUGAAGGGCUUUGGAUUAAACAUUUUUGGUUUUUAUUUAGGAUCAAUGCUGCAAGAUGAGUUGAGAAUACUUUGAAUAUCUGCCACUAGGGUGCAAAGAACCUACCUGGCAUCAAAAGAAAUGGAUUGUAUGACCUUCCUAUUGCUCUUCCUUCUCAACCGACAUGAGAGGCCUCAUAUAUCUGUCUCUCAGAAUUAUGGUUCUGAAGCAUCUUGCUCUUCAAUUUAAGUAGGCUUAUUUUUGAUCUGGUUCCCAUUGUGAUUCAUUGUGAUCAAACAGGUGACCAUGGUACUGUUUUAGGUCCUCUGCUAGGAUCCAGCACAGCUUUUCCAGCGUAGCUAUGGAGACAGGCGGCCUCCCACUCGUUUGGCUGGAUUCGUAGUAAGAGGUGUCCCCUUGCAGUUCCAGAAGCACCUUAACUACUUCUGGGAUUAUGGGAGCUCUUCUCACUAUGUCACAUACUGAUAUCUGGAUUGUGUGCAGAUUCCGGUAGGUUCUCUCAUAUGAAGGUUUGUGUAACAAUAGGUUCAGAUAUGUCACCCCUACAUCAUUUUGUCUUCUGUGUGCAUAGCAGCAGUAACUUUGAUUGCCAUCCCCAUCUCCCCCUUUCCUCCACAUCUCCAACUCAUAUCCUCCCCCUUUCCUCCACAUUUCCAACUAAUUCCCCCCAUUUCCCCCACAUCUCCAACUCACACCCCCCAUUUACUCCACAUCUCCAACUCAUAUCCUUCCCAUUUCCUGCACAUCUCCAAUUCAUAUUAUUCCCCUUUCCUCCACAUCUAUUCCCAAUUUCCCCAUUUAUUCCUUGUUUUCUCCCCAUUUUCCUCAUUUCCUGCCCAUUUCCUCCUUAUGCCCUCCCCAUCUCCUCCUCAUAUCCUUCCUAUUUCCUCCCAGUUUCCAGAUCUCCCCUAUCGCCUACCAUUUCCUCAAUAUUUACACACACCCCCAUUUCCUCCCCAUUUCCUCUCCAUCUCUUCCACAUUUUCUCCCCCUCUCCUCAUAUUUUUCUCAUUUCCUCCCCAUCUUCUCCCUGUUUCCUCCCUAUCUCCUGCCCCAUUCGUCAUUAUUUCCUCCUGAUCUACUCCCCAUUUCCUCCUCAUUCACCCCUUCUUUAUUUUGUCGUCCUGCCCCUCAGUCAUAACCACAGCACUUGUAAUAGAUAGCUUCACCUCUGUUUCUAGAUAAUGCAUAAAGAUUCACUGUCGACCGGUCUUGGGGCCAGUUCUUUCUUGUUUGGCCUUGUUUUAUAAAAGUGACUUCAAGAAAAGGACAAGAAACGUGUUUUCAUCCAGCUUGUAGGCUCAACAGCGGUCAGAGGAGGUUGCCUAAAAAGAGCCGUCUUUCUCCCAGCAUGGGGUCACCUUUUCCUAAGCAGAUGUUCUCACCUUCGCUCAAAGCUACACACACAACCCAAAAGCCAAAAUGGGGGUUAUUGUCUAAAAAUAGUUUUCUGGCCUGUUGCAAGCAUGGAUUUCUCAGUAAGUCUCCCACAUUCUGGUCCUGACAGCACGCCUGUGACCUCCCUUUAUGCCUGUUCCCAUCUGGUUUUAAUAAGUUUGUCCUGCAUUAAAAUGUGCACAUAUUUCUCUUCUUUUUUGGAUUGCUCUUUCAUCACGACUUUGUUUUUAAUGGAGUGGAAAGAGGUAUUAGGUUUUUUUUUUUGGUCAGGAGUUUUGAAUUUGAGCCUUAAAUAUUUCUAUACUUUCCUCAGCUUCUUAACAGCUCACGAAUGAAGUCAGCCCACAGGUAUUGUUAGUUAAAGGGUUUCUGGUAUCCCUACCCCCACCUCAGACACAUUAGUGAAUUUAGCAAUGAUGAUAUUGGAUUCUUUCCAUCCAGCAGGCCGAUUUCCUAUAAUUCCUUUGUGAUGUCACAUUCCAAUGCAUUUUCUUAAGGUUCACUUUGAUGGCUGGCAGCUGGUGAAGGGAAAGAUCAGUUAGUGUUUUUCGAUUCCUUUCUUGAUAGACUUAACAGUCAUGCCUCUUGAAUAUAUAGGACUGAGUGCUUUUAAGGGACAAUGUGUAGUCACUUAAUGCAUUAUUGGGUCUAUCUCACAGGUCUAGGGUAAUGCCCUGUCACUUUAUGGCCAAUUAUGCCAAAAUUUUCCAAUUAUUUUUAUCCCAUUCUCCAGUUCAAUGUGAAAUACCCCAAGUCCUCCUUCUCAUACAUGGUACUGUGAUCUCGCCUACAGGGUUGGAGACAUUCACAACUUGUUUUUUUUUUUUUUUUGGGUGGGGGGGGGGAGGGUCACAUGGCACUGCGAGGCGGUCACAUGACUCUGAGGAUGUCACUUCUCCUUAAUUAUGCAGAUUGACUUUGUCCUUCAGUGUUGAUUACAUUAAGGAAGAGUUUGAGAGUCGAGUAUUAUCCACACCUUGAAGUAUUCUGUGCCAUUUUCCUGUACUAGAGCUUAUUGUAAGUACAGGUUUAAAUAUAAUCCCACCACAGAACAUGGUGUGUUCUGGACAUAACCCUAGUCCAACUGCAUUGAACACUUCCCAGUUAUUCCCUCAAUGCAUUUUUUCUCUAUUUCUUUACUCAACUGUAAUAAAUUUAAUGAGAUUAACCAUAAGUAGCAAUGGGAAGGAUUACAGUUCCAGUCCACUUUGUGUUUUGUAGGAUAUAACACACAGCUGUCCCACUUUCAGUUUCCUUUCGUUUGGUUUUUUUAUUUUCAGUUUUUCUGGAUUUGGAUUUCAGUGCAUGUUCCCUUAAUUGUUUUUAAUCAAUAAAGAAUGAACUUAUUAUCA